AAGAAUAUUUUUCACAUGCAACUUAAGGAAUAAAAUAUUUUAAAUUUUCACAAUAAAAUAAAUAUCCUCAAAUAACACUUUAAUUUAGAAAACAAAAAGGAAUUUAGCAAAACAAACCAUCAAAUUUGAAACCAAUUUUUGAGGGUGCCCCAAAAUGAACGCAGUGUUCCGAAUAUCAAACAGUUGAAACGGCAACGAUUUGCAUGUCAUGCAAUGAACAACAGCGCACACCAAUUCUGCUUCUCGCUCUUGAGCAGCUGCAAAACCCUGAGAUCCCUCCAACAAUUACAAGCCCACGCCACCAAAUCCGCCCUCGACGCCGACCCACUCAUCGCCGGAAAGCUCCUCCUCCACUGCGCCGUCCACGUCUCCAACGCCCACGACUACGCCCAACGCCUCCUGCUCCACGCCCCAAAUCCCGACGCCUUCAUGUACAACGCCGUCAUCCGCGGCUUCUCCGAUUCGGACUCCCCCCACAGCUCAAUCUCCACCUUCUCCCUCAUGCUCAAGAAUCUGGGCUCGCAGAUUGACAGCUUCACGCUGGCUUUCUCUCUCAAAUCCGCCGCCAAUAUCCGGUGCCCCCGCACUGGAACCCAGCUGCACUGCCAGGCGCUACUGCGCGGGCUCGACACCCACAUCUUCGUCGGCACUACUCUGAUCAGCAUGUAUGCGGAGUGCGGGCGUGUUGAGUCUGCGUGCAACAUGUUCGACGAAAUUCCCGACCCAAACAUCGUGACGUGGAACGCGCUGCUGACGGCUUUCUUUCGGCGCGGGGACGUGGGAGGCGCGGAGAGAGUGUUUGCUUCGAUGCCUGCAAAGAGCCCGACGUCGUAUAACUUGAUGCUCGGAGGGUAUGCGAAACUGGGGGAGUUUGUGUUGGCGGGGAAGGUGUUUGAUGAAAUGCCUGUGAGGGAUGAGGUAUCUUGGAGCAUGAUGAUUUUAGGGUUGGCGCAACACGGGUGGUUCGAGGAGGCGUUUGGGUAUUUCAGGAGGCUGCGUGGGACGGGAAUGAGGGCGAACGAGGUGACCUUAACCGGGGUUUUGUCAGCGUGCGCGCAAGCUGGGGCGCUGGAAUUCGCAAAGAUGGUGCAUUGUUUUGUUGAGAAAGUAGGUAUGGCUUGGAUCACUCCGGUAAACAACGCGCUAAUGGAUACCUAUUCCAAGUGCGGGAGCGUGGAUAUGGCUCGCCUCGUGUUUCAGAGGAUGCCGGGGAGGAGGAGUGUCGUUUCUUGGACAACGCUGAUUGUGGGCUUAGCGAUGCAGGGAUAUGGAGAGGAAGCGCAUGCUCUGUUUCUUGAAAUGGAGGAGUCCGGGAUCGAACCUGAUGGGACAGCGUUCGUUGCUCUGCUCUUCGCGUGUGCUCACGCCGGUUUGGUCGAAAAGGGGAGUGAGAUAUUCGAUAGAAUGUCUAAAGUGUAUGGGAUCGAGCCUGAGAUCGAGCAUUAUGGAUGUAUGGUUGAUUUGUACAGCCGGGCGGGGCAGCUCACCAGGGCGUACGAUUUCGUGUCUCGGAUGCCGAUUCCUCCCAACGAUAUCAUCUGGCGGACGCUUCUUGGCGCAUGUAGUUUCCAUGGCAACGUACAGCUGGCGGAGCAGGUGAAGGACCGGCUCUCGGAGAUGGAUCCAAACAAUUGUGGCGAUCGUGUCUUGUUAUCUAACAUCUACGCCGUUGCCGGGAAGUGGAGGGACGCGGCAGCAGUGAGGAAGUCGAUGGCGGAGCUCAAGUUGAGGAAGGAUCCGGGUUGGAGCAGGAUUGAAGUUGAUAAGAUGGUGUAUACUUUUGUAGCGGGUGUGAGGGAAGAUGAUGUGACGAAGGAGGCCUAUAAGAAGCUCAAUGAGGUGAUGUUGAGGAUUAGGGUUGAAGGAGGCUACGUCCCGGAGGUUGGGAACGUUUUGCACGACGUGGAGGAGGAGGAGAAGGAGGGCGCGGUGGCUGCGCACAGCGAGAAGCUAGCUGUCGCCUUUGGGAUGACGAGGUCGGGCGGGCGGGCGCGGGUUAUUAGGAUUGUGAAGAACUUGAGAGUUUGUAGAGAUUGUCACAAUGUGAUGAAGUUGAUUUCCAAGGUUUAUGAGUUGGAGAUUACGCUCAGAGAUAGGAGCCGGUUCCAUUGUUUCAAGAGUGGCAUUUGCUCUUGCAGAGAUUACUGGUAAGGAGCGAUGACUAGGGCCGUAAACGAAUCGAAUCAAAUUGCAGUUAAUUAAAAAUAGCAUGCAUUGAUGACAUAUUUCAAAACUCAACCUUUGUAUAUUAG